CCUUCGUGGAGCGGGUGCUGGCGGCAGGACGGCUGGGGCGCGCAGUGCUGGCCAACGCAUCGGGACCCGCCAACGCUUCGGACCCCGCGUGGGACUUUGCCUCGGCGCUCUUCUUCGCCAGCACGCUAGUCACCACCGUGGUCCCGGGGCCGGGUGAUCCUCUAGGAACAACCUCCAUUCUCAACUGACCCGCACUGGCUGCAGCUGUUCGAUUUGGAGAGUCCUCGUGCAAGUCGUGCAAGUCGAGCUGCCCCUCUCAGGCUAUGGCUACACGACCCCACUGACGGAUGCAGGCAAAGCCUUCUCCAUCGUUUUUGCACUCCUGGGCGUGCCUAUCACCAUGCUACUUCUGACUGCCUCAGCCCAGCGCCUGUCACUGCUGCUCACCCACGCACCCCUGUCCUGGCUGAGCCUGCGCUGGGGCUGGCACCCGCAGCGGGCAGCCCGCUGGCACCUGGUGGCCCUACUGAUGGUCAUAGUGGCUAUAUUUUUCCUGAUCCCGGCUGCGGUCUUCGCCUACCUUGAGGAGGCCUGGAGCUUUCUGGAUGCUUUCUAUUUCUGCUUCAUCUCUCUGUCCACCAUUGGCCUGGGGGACUAUGUGCCUGGGGAAGCCCCGGGCCAGCCUUACCGAUCCCUCUACAAGGUGCUUGUCACAGCAUACCUCUUCCUCGGCCUUGUUGCCAUGGUGCUGGUGUUGCAGACUUUCCGCCGUGUUUCUGACCUCCAUGGCCUCACUGAACUCAUCUUGCUGCCGGAUCCCGACCCUGCCAGGCUCCACCAGGAUGAGGAUGACCAGGUGGACAUUCUGGAUGCCCGGACAGAUCUGCAUCAGCAUCUCUCUGCUGCCUCCCACGCUAAUUACGCCUCCAUCCCCAGGUAGCUGUCGACCUGGACACACCUGGCCUGGGCUUUGGGCCCCAUGUGAUUAGAUCAACUAGAAAGCCCACUCACACUCUCCACUGGGAGGUGAGGAGUAGCCGCUUUGCUCCUGUGUCCUCCGCUCCUCAGGGCCCUGACACAGUCAUUUUCUCCUCCUAUCUUUUCUCCCAUUUCUUCUCAGACUCUGACCGUUUGGGCUUUCUGACUUUGUGAGAGUGGUGGUUUCUAUGCCUUUUUGUUUUGUUUUGUUCUUGUUCUUCUGUAUCUCACUCUCUUGCAUAGUACAUCUGGCACAUCCAGUUCUUCUGGGCUCCAACCCUGGGCUCCAUUUCAGCCAGUGAGGUAAACUGACCGACUGGUCCCUUGACAGUGACAAGCUCCAGUGGGCACCAGAAGAGGCAAGAGUAGCCAGGACUGAGGAGUGAACCUGAUAUGUUCAGGGUUAUCUUUCCUGGGGACAGGAACUAACCCAAGACCUGCUAGUCAAGAGAAAAAAUAGUCCCUUCUCCUCAGGUGUCUAUGGGCCAUAGUACCUGUGGGAAGAGGCCUGCAAUGGGCCAGCAUCUCCCUCAGUGACUUAACAGGCAAGGAACUGACCCAGGAUAUGAGCCGAGAUCCAAGUGGCAUGAGACAAGCAGCUUAGCGUAGUUCCUGUGGUGAUACCAUGUCUUUUACUGGGCAUUGAUGGCCGUGGGCUCUGGAGCCAGUCUUCCUGGGCGUGCCCUGUGACUGGGCCAUGUUUCACCAAUGCAUUUGGACGGUCACUCUACCUUUCAGACUCUGUCUCCUAAAUGGUGACCAUAAUAACGCUUACUCUAAAAGGCGAACUCAACCAGUAGCACAUGCCUGUAACCUGAGCUGAAGCAGGAGGCUUGAGAGUUCAAAGGCAGGAGCCAGGCAAUAAAACAAUGUAAGCAAUAAAAUAAUAAUAAUGAUGAUGAUGAUGGUGGUGGUGAUGAUGAUGAUGAUAUGUUCAAUGGAAUAUAGUGCCAGGCUUAAAGGGACAUGAGAGUAGGCUAUAGAAGGAUGUAUAACCCUCAGGGCUGGGACUUAUUUUAUUUAUACAAUAUAUCACUUAAAGAUUUUGGCAGGGGAAAAAAAAAGAUUUUGGCGGGCUGGAGCAAUGACUCAGCGGUGAAGAGCACAGACUGCUCUUCCAGAGGUCCUGAGUUCAAUUCCCAGCAACCACAUGGUGGCUCACAACCAUCUGUAAUGGGAUCUGAUGCCCUCUUCCGGUGUGUCUGAAGACAGCGACAGUGUACUCAUAUACAGAAAAAAAUAAAUCUUUUUUUAAAAAAGA